GAAUGGACGGAAGAGGUUAAAGAAUACAUCAGGGUAUCUCUCGACCUUCGAUUGCCUUGUCAGGCGUGGCUGACGCGACGACGACCCACGCGCCGUCACAUUCAUGCGAUCCAAUUGGCUGCCCACUGUGAUUGGCGCCCAGUUAUUCGCCAAGCAGAUCUGCAACCUCAGCCAAUUACGAUGCGCGACCGAGAUAUAGGCUGGUCUGGUGUGCUGUGGUGCGUGUGUACGCGUUAA